UUGCUCACAUUGUGCCUCACACAAGCUUCUGAGGGAUCCCAGAAGGUGGACCUGGCAGGGGCCUUGUCAAGCAGUCCAACCAGGCACCUCGUGGAGGACAGAACAGAGGUCCACGGUUUUGGCUGAGCAGCCCAGAGUCACAGAUUAGCCCUGACGCAGUGCCGCCCUGUUUUCCUCUCCUGAAUUCAGCCUAGAGAGCCAUCAGCACAGAACAAUGCAAGCCCACGAGCUGUUUCGGUAUUUUCGAAUGCCAGAGCUGGUUGACUUCCGACAGUACGUGCGCACUCUCCCGACCAACACGCUCAUGGGCUUCGGAGCCUUCGCAGCGCUCACCACGUUCUGGUACGCCACGAGACCCAAGGCCCUGAAGCCAGCAUGUGACCUGUCCAUGCAGUCGAUAGAAGUGGCGGGUACGAACGGCGCUCGAAGGUCCGCGCUCCUUGACAGCGACGAGCCCUUGGUGUACUUCUAUGACGACGUCAGGACGCUGUACGAGGGUUUCCAGAGGGGCAUACAGGUGUCAAAUAAUGGCCCUUGUUUAGGCUCUCGGAAACCAGACCAACCCUAUGAAUGGCUUUCAUACAAGCAGGUUUCAGAACUGUCGGAGUGCAUCGGCUCAGCGCUGAUCCAGAAGGGCUUCAAGGCUUCCCCAGAUCAAUUCAUUGGCAUCUUUGCUCAAAAUAGACCUGAGUGGGUGAUCAUUGAACAGGGAUGCUUCGCUUACUCAAUGGUGGUCGUGCCUCUUUAUGAUACGCUUGGAACCGAAGCCAUCACGUACGUAGUCAACAAAGCUGAACUCUCUCUGGUUUUCGUUGACAAGCCAGAGAAGGCCAGGCUCUUAUUAGAGGGUGUAGAAAAUAAGUUAACACCAGGCCUUAAAAUUAUCGUUCUCAUGGAUGCCUGCAGCAGUGAGCUCGUGGACCGAGGCAAGAAGUGUGGGAUUGAAGUCACCACCAUGAAGGCCAUGGAGGAUCUGGGAAGAGCCAACAGACGGAAGCCCAAGCCUCCAGCACCUGAGGAUCUUGCAGUAAUCUGUUUCACAAGUGGAACUACAGGCAACCCCAAAGGAGCAAUGAUCACUCACCGAAAUAUAGUGAGCGAUUGUUCAGCUUUUGUGAAAGCGACAGAGAAAGCGAUUGUCUUGAACCCCAGUGACACACACAUUUCGUUUUUACCACUCGCACACAUGUACGAACAGCUCCUCCAGUGUGUGAUGCUGUGUCAUGGAGCUAAAAUAGGCUUUUUCCAAGGAGAUAUCAGGCUGCUUAUGGAUGACCUCAAGGUGCUUCAACCCACUAUCUUCCCUGUGGUCCCAAGGCUGCUGAACCGGAUGUUUGACCGCAUUUUUGGACAAGCAAACACCACAGUGAAGCGAUGGCUGUUGGACUUCGCCUCCAAGAGGAAAGAAGCUGAACUUCGCAGCGGCAUCAUCCGGAACAACAGCCUGUGGGACAAGCUGAUCUUCCACAAAAUCCAGUCAAGCCUGGGCGGGAAAGUCCGGUUGAUGAUCACAGGAGCAGCACCCGUGUCUGCCACCGUGCUGACGUUCCUGAGAGCAGCCCUCGGCUGUCAGUUCUAUGAAGGCUAUGGACAGACCGAGUGCACUGCCGGGUGCUGCCUCACUGUGCCUGGAGACUGGACGGCAGGCCAUGUGGGUGCGCCAAUGCCUUGCAAUUUUAUAAAACUUGUUGAUGUGGAAGAAAUGAAUUACAUGGCUGCCAAGGGCGAGGGCGAGGUGUGCGUGAAAGGGCCAAAUGUCUUUCAGGGCUACUUGAAGGACCCAGCAAAAACAGCCGAAGCCCUGGAUAAAGAUGGCUGGUUACACACAGGGGACAUUGGGAAGUGGCUACCAAACGGCACCUUGAAGAUCAUCGACAGGAAGAAACACAUAUUUAAGCUGGCGCAAGGAGAAUACAUAGCACCUGAAAAGAUUGAAAAUAUCUACGUACGAAGUGAACCCGUGGCUCAGGUGUUUGUCCACGGAGAAAGCUUGCAGGCAUUUCUCGUAGCCAUUGUGGUGCCGGAUGUUGAGACAAUAUGUUCCUGGGCCCGAAAGAGAGGAUUCGAGGGAUCUCUUGAGGAGUUGUGCAGAAAUAAGGAUGUCAAAAAAGCUAUCCUGGAAGACAUGGUGAGACUUGGGAAGGAAUCUGGUCUAAAACCAUUUGAACAGGUGAAAGGCAUUGCUCUGCACCCGGAAUUAUUUUCCAUCGACAAUGGCCUUCUGACACCAACAAUGAAGGCCAAAAGGCCAGAACUCCGGAACUAUUUCAGGUCGCAGAUAGAUGAACUGUAUUCCACCAUCAAGGUAUAAUGUGAGGAAGAACACGCAGAAGACACGGCACACCUCCGCAAUCCCUCCUACCGCUGGCCUCGUGUUGGUAACUUUACGACAGCAAGCAUAGGGAAGGACACGCUCAUGUCCAACUUGUCCAUUCGGGGUUCUUGUCCUAGGAAUAUUAGAGGAAAUGGAAAACUGCCUUACCGCCGCCUCGCGUUGCAGGCCACGUUUAUGGUGACACACAAUUUCCAAAGUGAGCCUUAACCAUUGUAAAGGGGAAAUUAUAGAUGUGCUAAGUUAUUUGAGACUUCUUCAGUUAAAAAGGUGGGUGUUCAAACUUUCAUCUCCCUGUUUUUCUAACCAAGGGGUUAGGACUUUACUCUUUCUGAGAUGUCUGCUACUUGCUGCAACUCCUGCAGUCGUCUGCUGCUUUGAGAGGAUAGUGCACUGGAGGGACGCUGUCCCUUUCAAAACAAGAACUGUCCCGGCCAGAGAAUGUUACAAGCGGACCAGAGUUUUGUUUUGUUUUGUUUUUUUAAAAUCCCUACCACCUACCCAUCUCACACACACUAGCACAACCCUACGGAUGUGUAAGGGUAUGAAAUUCACGCCCUUCUCCAUAAUCCCUGUUGAUCCUGUUGGAGCAGAGGGUUCGCCAAAGGACACCGCCCCCUCUGGACAGUGCAGAACUGAGUUUCAGAGGAGUGACAGCCUCAGAGCAGGUGGAUUCUCACAGCAGGAUGCUCUCAGGAUCUGUCGUCCGACCUGACUCUCUCCCUCUGUCCAUCCCCCUCCCCCUACAGGGGUUAUUAAAAAUCUGCCUUAGACUCUACAGUGAAGACAAGCAUUUCAAGAAAGAAUUGCCUGGAUCAACCAAGCUCAACUGUGACGCCCAGUAACUCCACUUUAUCUUCACUGAACCACUCACUCUGUUCCCAACGGACUUUUAAUGUGGGUUUCGUAUCAACAGAUCAUGUUGUGAUUAACUUGCUUCUUUUCCCAGAAUAAUCUCUCAGGCAAAGCAUGUCUUUAAAAAUAGUAAGGGAGUAGAUACACGUGGGUACUUGUUGAAAUGGACAGUAAUAAGCAAAUGUCUCUUAUAACGCUACCUGAUUUCUAUGAGAUGUAUUUGACAAGCCAAAAUUCUAGUGUGUAGGAAUCUGGAAAAAUCAUUCCCUGAGCUUAACAUCUCAAGGGAUUUUUAUAAGUUAAUUUGGGAAAUUAACAGCAUUUUACUUGAUUGUAAGUCUUCACCACAUUUGAAUUGCGUUGUCAUUUAUACAUUUAAAGCAAUUGUUUUUGGGUAUGUGAGAGUCCAUGUAUUAUACAAGCACAACAGGGUUUGCACUAAAGAACUGUCGUUGUAAUAACACUAUUUGGUAGCCUAACUUCAUAUAUGUAUUCUUAAUUGCACAAAAAGUCAAUAAUUUGUCACAUUGGGGUUUUGAAUGUUUGCUUUAUGUGUUGGCUAUUUCUAUGUUUUAUAAACCAAAACAGAAUUUCCAAAAAUAAUGAAGGAAACCAAAAUAAAUAUUUCUGCAUUUCAA